UCACUCAGAAGAGAGAGAGGGUACUGGGUCUCUAAGAAGGUCUGGUUUUCCAGGGCCUGGGUGGAUGUCAAGAUGGUAGGAACAUGCAUGGUAUUAAAAAUCCGUGAGGCGUUUAGGACGUGACAAAACUGAGGAGGCUGCAGGGCAUCAGGGGAGACUUCGAAGGCUGCUGGCUGCGCAGCUCAGGCCUAGAGACAAUCAGGUACUGCACACCCGGAUCUAACGGCCAAGGUCCUGGGCCCAGUGCUGACUCCUGUGGGGCCUGCCCCUCUAGGGGCCUCACUGAAGGAGCAGGAAGUACUGCCCGACGCUCAGCUUCCGCUCUGGGUGUUCUGGUACCGCCAAGUCAGCCCCUCGCACUGGGGACCUUCCCACUGGGCACCUGCAGCACUUUCACUUCCCCCAGGUGCCCAGCCCCUGGCCCAGCACGUGGGAGGACCUUGGUCUACACUUGUUGCCAAGAACAGGAUGCAGACUCCGAGAGAGGGGGGAAGGUGGGGGAAGGGGGUAGAUAAACAGAGAGAGAAGGACAGGCACGCAGAUAAGGGGCCAGAAACCAGAGAGGGAGAGGAUCGAGACCUGGCGGGGGGGAAGGGGACAGAGACCCAGAGGUAAAGAGAGGAUAAAGAUCCAGAGAGAAAAGAACGGAGACCGAGAGAGAGGAGGACUAGAGACUGGGAGGGCCGAGAAGCGGGGACGGAGACGAAUGCAGAGAUGGCAGAGCUUUGCAGGCAGUGAGGUCAGAGUGUCUGUGAGGUCGGCUGCUGACCAGGCCGGCCUGGGGUCCUGGUGCCCAGAGUAGGUGGGCGCAAGUAGAUCAGCAUUCCCUGUGCGUCCCCCAGCCUGAGCCAUGGAGACCUGGGAAGAACUGCCUGGUGUGUCCUCGGUGCCCACCAAUUCCAAGGCCCCUCAGGAGAAGAUGUCAGCCCAGGACAGCUGCCUCAGCCUCAUCAAGUACCUCCUCUUCGUUUUCAACCUCUUCUUCUUCGUCCUAGGCAGCCUUAUUUUCUGCUUCGGCAUCUGGAUACUCAUCGACAAGACCAGCUUCAUGUCCUUUGUGGGCUUGUCCUUCAUGCCCUUGCAGAUCUGGUCCAAGGCUCUGGCCAUCUCAGGAAUCCUCACCAUGGGCAUGGCCCUCCUGGGCUGUGUGGGGGCCCUGAAGGAGUUCCGCUGCCUCCUGGGCCUGUAUUUUGGGACACUGCUGCUCCUGUUUGCCACACAGAUCACCGUGGGAAUCCUCAUCUCCACUCAGAAGGUCCAGCUGGAGCGGAAAGUGGAGGACGUCGUGCUGAAGACGAUCCAAACCUACCGCGCCCACCCGGAGGAGACGGCUGCGGAGGAGAGCUGGGACUACGUGCAGUUUCAGCUGCGCUGCUGCGGCUGGAACUCUCCUCAGGACUGGUUCCGUAUCCCCAGCCUGAGGAGCAACGAAUCGAGAGGGCACCGCGUGCCCUGCUCCUGCUAUAACUCAUCGGCGACCAACGACUCCGCAAUCUUCGAUAAGAUCUCCUUCCCUCAGUUCAGCCGGCUCGGACCACUGGCGCGGCCCCGACACAAUGCAGACAUUUGCUUGGUCGCCGCGAACAGCUACAUCUACCGCGAGGGCUGCGCACGAAGCCUCCAGAAGUGGUUGCACAACAACCUCAUCUCCAUAGUGGGCAUUUGUCUCGGCGUGGGUCUACUUGAGCUCAGCUUCAUGACGCUCUCCAUAUUCCUGUGCAGAAACCUGGACCACGUCUACGAUCGGCUCGCUCGGUACCGCUAGGCCCCUUCCUUCCCGAAGCCCCCGCCCCGCCCCCCCUCAAGUGCCCGGGGCAUUUAGUUCCCUGUCGCCUGUAAAUAUUUGUUUAAUCCCCAGCUGGUCCCAGCCACUGAGCCCUCAUUCCCCUCGGGGACCCAGAUGUCUGCCUGACCCGCUGUUGUCACCUCUCCCGUGGGACCUGGGGUUUCCAGCCACCAGCUUCCUGCCCCUAGAGACACCUAAUUUCUUGGCCUCAUCUGUCUGCCUACCACCUCCCACUAGAUUAUUUUUAGCCCAAACGCCAAAUAAAUCCCCUGUGUUUUGGUAAAA